UCAUCGUAAGAUGCGCGCGCAUAUAGAUUCGUCGUUUUCUACGCGUUGCAGACUCAAGUUAGAUUUUGGAUCUUUUGAAAGACAUAAAUGUUGACAGACGUUUCGAAACAACAACAAAAAGAACCAAUUUGUAUCAUUUAAUCAAUAUUGCAAAGUGAAUAUUUUUAUAUUUUUUUGAAUGCACGACAUAUUGAAUCAUUUAAGAAGAAUCGCAAAUUUCUUUCAUAUAUUUUUGGUGAGUUCUCUAUAAAUAGAAAAGUUUUCCAGAAAAGCAAAACUAUGGAGAAUGAGCAACGACAUUAUGAAUUAAGAAGUGGAAGUAGAUCUCGUUCUAGAACUCCUUUGAUACAAACCACUUUAAUUGAACCAGAGACUUUAGAACAUCAUUAUGAUUUAAGAAGUCAAAGUCGGGAGAAAUCUUAUAUUCCUGGAGAAAUUGCAAAUAAUAAAAAAUCUGGUUUUAAAAUUUCUUCCAGUAAUUGCAACAAAACAAAUGACCAAGAAAUUACAAUAGAAAAAAAAAAAGAAGUUACAAUUGAAACAUUAGAACAUGAAUCUAAGCAAUUUGAAAAUUCUUCUAUUAAUAUAAAAAAAGGAGAAUGUCAAUCUAAACAACAAAAAGCAAAAGAACAAGUAUUUGCAAAUGGUCAAACUGACAACAAAGAAGUUUCAUUUGGAUAUAAAAAAAAAAAACAUAGAACUUUUACUAGUGAUUAUUCUUCAGAAGAAACAGAACAAGAAGAAUCAGAUAAAUCAUAUUCUGCACAUGAAAUUUAUAAAAAAGCUGGUGAUUGGUGGAAUGUAUUUCCAAAAACGGACUAUACCUAUUCCGAAACUUCUAAGUGUCGUUAUGAAAUAGCGCCAGGUAUAUUAGCAAUGCCUAAUAUGUCACGACGUUCUAUUCAUUCAAAUAUGAAAGAUUCUAAUCAAUUUUUAUAUGAUCCUUCUGACAUAUGUGAAACAAGAAAUGUUGAAGAAAAGGAAGGAACAAAAGUAGAAAAUUAUACACCCAUUAAUGAAAUGAAUGAAUUUUAUGGAGCACAUAUGCCAAGUUUAGAUUCAAAAUCUAAAAUUCAAUAUACAAAAAUGCAUGUAAAACAAUAUUGUAGUCAUCGACAAAUAAUUUAUGCAAAAUCUGAUAAUUCAAAAAACUGGGAAUCAAGGCAAUUAUUAUAUUCUGAUCUACCAUCAAAACGUAUAAAUUUUCGGAAAUAUGAUAUUACAUCUUCUCUUGAUUCCGAUGCUGAAUUAGAAGAAACAGUUCCAAAGAACUGUAGUCAGAGAAAUAAAAUAACACAACAAUUCAUGAGUUUUAUAUUAAUUAUAGUUCUAUGGUUCAAUAAAUUUCUUGAGUUUUUAAAACUUAAAACAGUUAAAAGAAGAGAAUAUUAUGCUACUUAUGAAUAUCAAAAAUAUGAAUCUAAAAUCUGGAAAUAUAUUGAUCAUUCUUUACAGUAUGUUUAUUUUUUUAUGGUCAAAAUGCUUUUAUUUGAUUCAUGGUUAUUGAGCCGCAUAUUCAAUAUCAGAAAUUGGAUCCAUCAAAAAAGCCUAAAAGUUUUUUGGAUUGCCUUAUUGCUAUUACUUCUGUUUACUGGAACUUACAUCAUGCAAAAUCAGUCCUUUAUCUGUCUGGAUUCUCUGCACAAUAUUCCCUAUGAUGUCACUGAGACGAGCUAUCACAUCUUUAAUGAUAUUAUCAGUUUAACAUCUUUUCGAAGCGAUUUAUUUAUUGAAUAUAUAAAAGUGUUUAAAAAUUUAUCAAUAUAUUUUAUGCCCGGUAGCUGGUAUUUAGUACAUCUCUUAAGAUUUUUUCCUGUAACCAAAGUUAUUACACAGUACUUUGGAUCUGAAUUAGUUGUAAAUGAUAAACAAUUGUUUUUAAAGGAGGAAAUGUUUGAAAAAAAUAAUUUUCAAUCAAUCAUUGAAAAAUUAUAUAAUAAAAUUAACAAUUUAGAAGAUCAAACUAUGGAAAAACCCGAUCAACUUUCUGAUAUAAUCCAAGUGCUUCAAUGGUUAAAAACAUAUUCUUGGUCACAAUCUAAUAAUGAAAUAUUAUUUUUGGAAAAGAAAUUAAAAGAAUAUAAAUUAGAUGAUAUACAUGCUCAAAUUGAUAUUAUUAAAUCGCAAUUGGAAAAGUUGAAUAAAUUUUAUUCAGAAUUAAAAUGUUGUAAUACAUACAUGAAUCAUAUUAUUAAUAAAGAAUUGGAAAAACAUAUUGAAAUGGUCUUAAUUGAUCAUGCUGAUAUUUUAAUAUCAAAAAUAGAAAAAGUUAAAGAUCAGGACAAAUCAUGGAUUGCUAGUAAUAAUCUUAUAACGGAUGACCGUGUGCGUGAAAUAGUUAAAGAAGCAAUAAAGAUAUAUGAUGCGGAUAAAACGGGUCGUGUUGACUAUGCUUUAGAAUCUGCCGGCGGUCAAAUUAUUAGUACACGUUGUACACAAAAAUAUGAUAUAAAAACUAGGGCAUUCAAAGUAUUGGCUUUUUUUACACUUUAUCAUGAAAAUAAUAAUCCUCGUACUGUAAUACAAGGAAAUCCAAUACAACCAGGUACUUGCUGGGCAUUUCAAGGCUUUCCAGGAUAUUUAUUAAUUAAGUUACGUAGUUCUAUUUACAUUACUGGAUUUACAGUCGAACAUGCACCAAAAUCGAUAUUGCCCAAUAGUGAAAUGAGAAGUGCUCCUAGAAAAUUUAAUGUCUGGGGUUUUCUUGAUGAAAAUGAUUCUGAACCUGUAUUAUUCGGUGAUUACGAAUUUGUAGGUUCAGAUAAUAAUUUACAAUAUUUUCCAGUUAAAAAUACAGCGAUUAAAACGCCAUAUGAAUAUGUGGAACUAAGGGUACAUAGUAAUCAUGGCCAACUUGAAUACACAUGUUUAUAUAGAUUUCGUGUUCAUGGAAAAUCUGUCUAAGUUGUUUUUUACUAAAAGUUUAAAUAAAAACUUUUAGAAAUUUUAUAUAAGAAGUACAAAGAGUAGUACAAGAAUGUGUGAGAUUAAUUAAGAAGAGAUUAGAAAGGAAAAAAAAAAGAAAGAUAUAUUGCAUGUUGAUACGUGCCUUCAAUUAUUCUUUGAUAUAACAAUAAUCAUUAUAAUAGAAAAAAAUUUAUUUUGUAACUCAUAUAACUGAAAAUUAUAUAUAAAAAGAGUAGACUUCCAUACAUAUAAAGAUUUUAUCAAAAAUUUGAUCUUAGUAUAAACUUACGAUAAAAAUCUUCUAUAUCGUUACGGUAUAUAAAUUUGUCAUAAAUAUAUACUAUUAACACAAAGUUAAAUUCAACAAUUUGAUACGUGAUAGAUUAAAUCUACGAUAAAAUCUACAUAUAUGGCAUGUCAUUUAAUAAGAUGAAUGUAAGUUACCAUUAUAUAUUAGCAUAUACUAUAGACAAUAUAUUACCAUAUACAGGAUUAUUUUCAGAGGCUUGAUUUUAAAAAUUAAAACGAUUCAUAUAUAGAAAUAUUGAUUGCGGCUUAUUUAUUAAAUUAAAAAUUAUAAGUUAUAAGUCAUAAGUCAAAAUUUUCGAUAGACGAAUUAAGAAUAAAAUGCUAAAAAAUCAUAAAAAAUAAAAUUUCAUUUAUAUGAUUCUGUUAAAAUAUAAGUAUGUUCACAAAAUUAAGUUGUAUAUAUUAGAAAUCAAUUUAGUUAUUCUCUUCAAUUAAUUUUUCAUUUAAUUAUAUUUAAUAAGAGUUCACAUUCAUAUAAAAGAAAACAAUUCUUGAAACAAUUUCUUUAAAAUGUAUUAUAAAUUUAGAACCAAUUUUGAAAAUCUAAUAACUUUUUUAAUGAAUGUGCUUAAUGAAUUAAUUUUUUAUUUAUUUUGUAUCAUAUAUUCAAUAUAUAUUUCUAAUUAUAUUAUAGUAUAAAGACAUUCAUAUAAAUAAAAUAUUUGACAGUAAUUUAAAUAAUAGGAAUUGAAAUUUAAAUAUAAAAUUUCAUUCAUAUAAACAGAAUUCCACAUGAAUGAAACAUUUUUUUGUUAUAUCAUUGAUUUAUUAUGAUUUCACUUUAUUUUAUUUAACAUAAACUUUAAUUCCUUAUAACUUAAUAAAUAAGUCUCAACUGACAUUUUUGUAUAUAAUUUUGAAUUUGUUUUAGUCUUUACAAUUAACUCUUCAAAGCUCAUUAACAUCUUGUAUAUAUAAAUUACUAUAUAUAAACAAUACAGUGCCUAAAGAUUCAUGUAAAAAUUCAAUUACUUAAACAUAUUCCUUCUUUAUAUUUACAUAUUUAUUGCAGUUUUAUCAUUAAGCACAAAUGUAUAUUAAUUUUUUGAUGAAAUAUAAAUAGGAAUAAAAAAAAAUGUUACUUUGCUCGGCGAUCCAAAUAUUAUCCAAAGUUCAAUAUUAUUACAUUUAUAAUAUUGUUCAAUUAUAAAAUUUACGCGACAGUACAAAUCGUAAACGAGAAAAAUUGUAGAUAUUAACUUAAGAUAUUUUUGCAGUGUUUGUACAAUAACUUUAAUUGUAUAUUAAUGUUUUAAGAAAUUAAAUAUAAUAUAUAUUUAAUUAGCACAUA